AGCUGAUUUUACCGGCAGAUUUGUUAAAUUGCGAAAUCUUAUUGUUCUUGAUUAUAUUACAAAAAUGUCCGAUUCGGGUGCGGAAAAUACCGAAAAAGAUGCCGAACAAGAGCAACCGGAAGAUGUUGAUUCCGCUAAGCUGCUGGAAACCACCGCUGCCCUUGAGGAGGACGAGGAACUUGCAAAUAUCGUGACCGCCGAGGAGUAUUUAAUGCGCAAGGAUGUAGUCCUUCUGGAAUACGAGAAACAAAUGUUUCUUGAUCAGGUUCAGGCUGAUGGUCUUCUGGUUUGUGCCAAGGGUCUGAGCUAUGAGCGAGUUUUAAUGAAUAUUUUGAAGGCUUACAGUGAUGCUGGGAAUCUGGUGCUGGUAAUCAACAGUUCCGACUGGGAAGAGCAAUAUUACAAAUCAAAAUUGGAAGCCAAAUACGUCCACGAAGUGGCCAACACGGCCACCGAAAGGGAACGAGUUUAUCUGGAAGGCGGCCUACAGUUUAUCAGCACCCGCAUCCUGGUAGUGGAUCUACUGAAGCAGCGUAUCCCCAUUGAGCUGAUCAGCGGUAUUAUUGUCCUGCGGGCCCACACCAUCAUUGAGAGUUGCCAGGAGGCGUUCGCCCUGCGAUUGUAUAGGCAAAAGAACAAAACUGGAUUUAUCAAGGCCUUCUCCAGCAGUCCGGAAGCCUUCACCAUUGGCUACUCGCACGUGGAGCGCACCAUGCGCAAUCUGUUCGUGAAGAAUUUGUAUAUAUGGCCACGAUUCCAUGCCACCGUUCGUGGCGCUUUGCAUCCGUGGCAGACACAAACGAUCGAGCUGCAUGUUCCACUUAGCCAGACCAUGACUGCCAUUCAAACGCACAUUCUGGACAUCAUGAACUUUCUGGUGCGGGAGAUUAAGCGGAUCAAUCGUACUGUUGACAUGGAAGCUGUUACCGUGGAGAACUGUGUAACCAAGAAAUUUCAUAAGAUCCUGCAGGCGCAGUUGGAUUGUAUUUGGCACCAGCUGAAUUCGCAGACCAAGUUAAUAGUGGCGGACCUCAAAAUUCUGCGCAGUUUGAUAAUCUCCACCAUGUACCAUGAUGCAGUAGGUGCCUAUGCCUUGAUGAAACGCUAUCGGAGUAAGGAAUAUGCAUUGAGUAACUCAGGAUGGACUUUGCUAGAUGCCGCCGAGCAGAUCUUUACGCUUUCCAGGCAGCGUGUUUUCAAUGGUCAACAGGAAUUUGAGCCUGAACCCUGUCCGAAAUGGCAUGCUCUCACGGAACUGCUAACCCAGGAUAUACCCGGUGACAUGCGCCGUAGUAAACGUACGGAGCAACCAAAAGUGUUGAUCCUCUGCCAAGAUGCACGCACCUGCCACCAGUUGAAACAAUAUCUAACGCAAGGCGGGCCACGUUUUCUACUCCAACAGGCACUGCAUCAUGAAGUGCCUGUAGGCAAACUAAGUGACAAAUAUGCUAAGGAAAGCCAAUCUCAAGGAGCUCCUUCAAAGGAGCACUCCACUAAAAAGGAGCCAGUCAAAGAGGAAGCUUCUAGUUCUCAGCCACCAUCUGCUGGGAUGGAUGAAUUGGCUCAGCUUUUAAGUGAAGCAGAGGUAGAAGGUCAGUACUACGAGGAAAGCUACAUGCUAACCAUGACACAGCCUGUACAGCUAGAGCCUAUGUCGGAUGUUAAACCCGAUUUGGAUGCCUCUAUUUUUGAAACUAUACCGGAAUUAGAACAAUUUGAUGUAACAGCAGCACUGGCAUCGGUGCCUCAUCAACCGUAUAUAUGCUUGCAGACUUUUAAAACGGAGAGAGAAGGCUCCAUGGCCCUGGAGCACAUGCUGGAGCAACUUCAGCCACAAUACGUUGUUAUGUACAAUACGAAUGUGACGGCCAUUCGGCAAUUGGAAGUCUUUGAAGCUAGGCGACGUUUACCGCCUGCGGAGAGGAUGAGAGUAUACUUCUUGAUCCAUGCACGCAGUGUAGAAGAGCAGGCAUAUCUGACCAGUUUGCGUCGAGAGAAGGCGGCCUUUGAAUUGAUUAUCGACACGAAAAGUAAAAUGGUGAUACCCGAGUAUCAGGAUGGCAAGACCGAUGAAGCCUUCACGCUAUAUAAGAACUACGAUGAUGAGUUAACGAAUGAGAAUACCAAGAGUCGUCAGGCAGGUGGCCAAGCGCCACAGACACCAAAAGAGACGCCCAAAGUGAUUGUGGACAUGCGUGAGUUUCGCUCGGAUCUGCCAUGUUUGAUUCACAAGCGUGGCCUGGAGGUGCUACCUUUGACCAUUACGAUUGGUGAUUAUAUACUCACCCCGGAUGUAUGUGUGGAAAGAAAGUCAAUCUCAGAUUUGAUUGGCUCUCUGAAUUCCGGAAGAUUGUACAAUCAAUGUGUUCAGAUGCAACGACAUUAUGCUAAGCCCAUUCUGCUGAUCGAAUUCGAUCAGAAUAAACCCUUUCAUCUUCAGGGAAAAUUCAUGCUAUCCCAGCAGACGAGUAUGGCCAAUGCGGAUAUUGUACAGAAACUGCAACUUCUAACGCUUCAUUUUCCAAAACUUCGACUCAUUUGGUCACCGAGUCCAUAUGCCACUGCCCAGCUAUUUGAAGAGUUGAAACUGGGUAAACCCGAACCGGAUCCCCAAAAGGCAGUGGCAUUGGGCAGCGAUGAGCCAACGGCGGGUGAGCAAUUGCAUUUCAACAGCGGCAUCUACGAUUUCCUGCUACGUCUGCCCGGUGUACAGACUCGAAAUAUACACGGCCUUCUCCGGAAGGGUGGCAGCCUGCGGCAAUUGUUGCUGCGUAGCCAAAAGGAGCUGGAGGAAUUGCUGCAAUCGCAGCAGAGCGCCAAGCUGCUGUACGAUAUCCUGCAUGUGGCCCAUUUGCCAGAGAAGGACGAGGUGGCCGGCUCGACGGCGCUGCUGGCAGCUGGCAAGCAAUUUGGCGCAGGAUCGCAUAAUCGCUUCAGGAAGGCAGCUGCUGAGUCGAGAAGGGGUCGUCGAUAGAUUGCAGUAAAGGGGGAGACAAAAUUUAAUAUUCAAAAAGUGGAAGCUGGAGUUGGAACAACCAGGAGCAGGAGCCUGCUGUCGAGUGCCGAGCAAACAAAAAGCGGGAAAUUAUGGAAAUUUUUUAAACGUUGCAAUUAAGUCAACUGGGGAAUGGGAUGUGGAUGCAGAUGCAGGCAGAUGCGAAUGCAGUUGAGGAUGCAGUGGACUGUCUGGCCGUCAGACAACGUUGACAAACGGGAAAAGCACUGACCGCUGGGGGGUUGCGUCUGCAAACUGUGACAGCAGCCGUGCCGCCAUCAGGGAUGAGCGCUUGAAAAUCAAUUUUCAAUAAAUUUUUAAUUGCCUCCCUCUCUCACUGGCCAUCUGACCCAUCCAACCAUCCCAAAGGAUUUCCCCUCGAACAGAACACCUGCAACAUUAACAGCCAGACCUUGUGAUACAUGCAGCUAUAAACGGAAUUUUUUAUAAACAAUUUAUUGGCCAAAGAGGCCAGUCAUAAGAUGUAAACUAACUUGAUUAAGUAAAAAGAGAUUUUCUUUUUUAAAAAGUUGAUAUGCAUAUAGGCUUUUCUUGAAUAGACUUCUAUUACAAACUGUU